AUACCCUACCCACCCCACCCUCAAUCAUUACUCUCUCACUCACCUUGGCUCCGAUUAGGGUUUGUAACCCUCGCGAUUCUUUUUCCCGUUGUUGCCAUUGCAAUUUCUUUCCGGCUCAUUUCUCUGGUGAUGUUGCUCGCCCAUGCUCUCUUGCGAUGGCAGAGGGCCGUUCCCCCCUUGACAGGGAUGGGUUGCACUCUGUAGAUGGGUUUUCUAAGUUGUUUAGCGACUCCGAUGAUUUUUCCGAAUCCACCAUUGUCGAUGCUUUUUACAUCCCUAAUUUAUCUGGAUCUACUACCGCGGACACUAAUCCCAUGGUGGUCAAUGGAUUCGCCCCUGAUUCGGAGCGGGAGGUCUAUUCCAACGCUGCCCUUGUUCGAGCCAGACGAUUGAUGUUUCGGAUACCUUCUCCACCAACCAAAGGUACGAUCAAAGCGGCUCCAUUAAACUGCUCUUCUACCCGUGAAGUUGUCAUCGAUAUGCUUCGUAUAUACUCUCCUCUCGCUGUCGAGCCCCCGGAGUACCGUGUUGGAGACAAAACUAAAAAUCAUUUGUGUAAAUGAUUUACUAUCUUACAUGUUGGCUGGUAUGAUCCCUACCUCUGAGGUAUAAUCCGAUAUACUUGUUGCGAAAAUCCGUGGCUUCGUUGAUUGUCCUUGAUUAUGUGUGUGAGAAAAAAAAUUUGUGGCAAGUCAUUGUUGGUUUUUGGUGUCAAUAGCCUGAGAUGAUGAAACUGUUAAGCCACCGUUGAUUCAAAUCAAUAGGUGCCUUACUUUUGCAUAAAAAUGAAUUUUUUGGAGACUUAUACUAGUUUAAAGUCAUCGCUCGUUCAACAUGAGCACGGUCCCUUAUUGAAUUCAAUACAUUUAUAAACAAUGUAUUGAGUUCAGGCAUUUAAUGAUCUAUCCAUUGAGAGAAUGCUUUAAAGUUGUCCAUUGUAUUCGAUGAUAAUUUUAUAAUUUCAGAGCGAAAGUCCCAUGUCCCUAAAUUACCUAAUUGAUCAUGAACAGGACCAAUAUUCAAAUGAGAUGGCGCGAAAAUAUUUACUGCCCCGCACUCGAUGAUGAUUUUAUAAUCUGAGAGUGUCAAAAUUUUCGGUACAAAACCUAACAAGGUAACACAACCAUAACUGAAUUUAAAGAGAUUAAAUUACAACUACAAAGUGCUAUUUCAAUACAACAUUUUGGUGAGUUGUAAUAAAACUCAUAUAUACAAUAGGGAAAGUAGGUACGAAAAAUUUCCUAUGGCUACUAAUUACAAAUGACAUUAAUGCUUACAAAUGAUGAAAAAACUGUGUUUCGGAUCAGUAAUCGAUGGCAGUGAUUAGUUCUUCAAAACCUUCUGUUUAAUUUGCUUCUAUUAAGGUA